AACCCUGCCUCCCUAUGCCUUUAUUCGCACACCCAUCAUCUCUCCUCGCCAAAAAACACAGAACGGACAGAUGAAAAUACACGGCAAAAUAUUUAGUAUCAUCACUGGAGUGAGUGUACGCUGCUGUCAAGGGCUCUCAAUAACAUGGAGAUAUAUAAUAUUCCUGCAAUAUGGCAUAAUUCUUUCAUUAGUGUGCAUUUCUUUCCGAAAAAUGAAUUAAUCGACGUUGUCGGCAGAAAGAAAUAACGCUGUUCGGCAAGUAACUCCAUCGUUUUAUAUGGAUAUUAUGAUAAAACUAACUGUAUUUCACACAGAUGACACAUUUAUGGCUGAAACUGAGAGUUCUUCUGAAAUAGACAGUCAGCUGAAGUGAAUACAAGAAAGAUGAAUCCCUUAUAGAGGAGCUCCCUAGCUUGCAAAGGAUCAAGGUGAUAUUAGUAAAUUGCAGUCCGGGAGGGUUCAGCGGUGCGGAGAAGUGACGUUGACCGGAUGUGUGUAGCGGAGCGUGCCGUGUGGCUUUGACCAUGAGCCGGCUGAUGUUGGGCCGGACCCUGGAGCGGAUCUGCAAGGCUGUGCUGUUGCUCUGCCUGGUGCACUUCCUCAUCAUGAUGAUCCUCUACUUCGAUGUCUACAGCCAACGCUUCGACAUCUUCAGCCGUUUCAACAAUGGCCGUGGAGCGAACAGCUCACGAGGACCCCACCACAACUACUAUAAUUUCUCCAGCGGAAGGCCCAACACUACCUUUGCAAGCUACCUGGCCACAGCUGACCAUCUUCUGCCCAGCACCAAGCCAGAGGCCAACCACACACCGCCGACCCCUAAGCCAUUACCGCCAUGUCCGGAAGUACCUCCUGGCCUGGUGGGACGUCUCCUCAUCGAAUUCAGCUCCCAGAUAACCCUCGAGCGGGUGCAGAGAGAGAACCCUAAUGUGACAGAAGGGGGGAAAUACACUCCUCCGGACUGCCGGCCAAAACAAAAGGUGGCCAUCAUCAUCCCGUUCAGACACAGAGACAACCACCUUAAAUAUUGGCUUCACUACCUGCACCCAGUCCUGCGCAGACAGAAGAUCAGCUAUGGGAUCUUUAUCAUCAACCAGCUUGGCGAGGACACCUUCAAUCGGGCCAAGCUUCUCAACGUUGGCUACACAGAGGCUCUUAAAGACGCAGAAUACGACUGCUUCAUUUUCAGUGACGUGGACCUGAUCCCUAUGGAUGACCGGAACCUGUACCACUGUUAUGACCAGCCCCGUCAUUUUGCCAUUGCCAUGGACAAAUUUGGCUUCAGGCUGCCCUAUGCGGGGUACUUUGGAGGGGUGUCCGGCCUUAGCAAAAAACAGUUCCUCAAAAUCAAUGGCUUCCCUAAUGAGUACUGGGGUUGGGGAGGUGAAGAUGAUGACAUUUACAACAGAAUCACACUAAAUGGGAUGAAAGUGUCUCGGCCCGACGUGAGAAUCGGCCGCUACAGGAUGAUCAAGCAUGAGAGAGACAAACACAAUGAGCCAAACCCCCAGAGGUUCAGUAAGAUCCAGAACACCAAGAACACCAUGAGGAAGGAUGGGAUCAGCUCGCUGAUGUACAGAGUGGUGUCUGUGAAGAAAUAUCCGCUCUACACUAACAUUUCCGUAGAGAUCGGCAAGCCUCCACCCAGACCCCUCAAAGGAUAGAGAGCUUCCGGUUCUGGACCGAGGAUACCAUGACCUUCUUAAAGUUCAGCACACAAACACACACACACACACAAACUCUGCCCAGGGUCACCUUCCUAUGAUACAGCAGUGAUAUGCUGAACAGGUUAGUUCUCAGGAAUACAUGGAAGCGUGAUGUGGAUCCAACGAUGUACUGUAGAUUCAUAUCCUGAUCCAGAUCGAGAUGUGCACAGUGUCUGGAUGAACGGAAAUAUCAUACUCCAAUGGCUGUUUGGUUCAGACCUUGAGGAUCAAUUCAAGUUUUUAGGCUCUUAACGGGAGGAUUGUUCCGUUCUGGUUUUGGUAAGUGACACUGAUCUGCGAAGAACAGCCUGGUCACUUGAUGUAAAUCAGUCAGAACAUACUGUACAUUUCAAAAGCGAAUGUGUCUUUGUUCCUGCGAUGCUUGCAGUGUUCAAAUCUCUUCUUUCGUAUCUCGGAUGUUGGUUGAUCAUGUGAGGUUGAUUGAUUGGUGCUUGAAGUUGGCUCCUUUGGAUUGUGUCUCUAUCUUGCGCUCUCUUUUAUUUUGUAUGGUCUCUUGGGACUAAGAUGAAUUUUGUCAACCGUGAAAACACUUCUCAGCAUUUCUGGGGAUGAAACCCUUGUUGGGAUGUCUUCAUGGGAACUUGGAGGACAACUAUGUGAUGUGAUUAGACUGGAUCUGGACUAGUCCUACAAGCACAUGACUGUCAGUCAAUAUGGUACAAAUGGAUUGCUGUGUAGAUGCCUGGAGAAACGGCAAGAACUUUUGCUGAGAGAUAGAGGAGCUUCUGUAGAAGUUACUGAUGAUCAAACCUCUGUAUCUAUCACCACCUGCUCAAAACUGACUGUGCUACGAGCCACUCUUUCUUUGUUUACUUUCAUUUGCCUCAAAGAUUCAUAUUUAGAUCUGUCAUAUGUCAAGGCUUUUUUAAAAACGUGAAGGAUGAAGUUGGCGGUGGGUGCUUUGAUGCCCAUGUCAUUCAGUUUUAGAGUCUCGCGCCUCUUUUGAUGAUCAUCUUUGGAGGUGUUAUUUAAAUGAUUCUCUGAUAUGUCCAAUAUCAAAAAUAUUCACCCAGGGUCCAAACUCAAUGUUUUGCCACAACUUCCAAUUCGAGAUAUUUGAGGAAAUUUACAGACCGUAUUGUAAUUAUUUGUUACAGGCCAAUAAUCA